GACUGCUAAAUGCUGAUUGGUUGUUGCCCAAGAAUGUAAGCGGAAGACUCAUUGACGUCUGGCAGUCGGACCGAGCACUACGAGAGGAGAGUCUGGGACGCCGAGAGUGUCGGUUCGAGACCUGCUAGCUCUCCUCGUGACAAGCGUUCGCUCGCAGCGUGGAGAGACUGAGACACAGCUCAGUAAAAACUGCCAGAGAUAAGUUGAUGUAGUCAGAGUUUGCAGAGUCGUGUGAGGUCUGGAGGUCACCAAAGGCCAUGCGCUUUCAAGUUCGUUCUAUUCUGAGACUGUUGGUCUUACUUGCACUGUUGACUUUGCUGUUUGUCAUUCUGUACAACAAUGGGUUGGCCGACACAAAAGUAUUGUCAGCUAUGGUCCGAGCUCCAACCAACUGUGUCUCCAAAACCACCAGAAACAUCAGCAACAGCGUCAACACGAUAACGUUUGAGGACGUACCGGGCACAAGUAAAGCUGACGUCAGACUGGUCAUUGCCACCUACAUGAGGAGCGGCUCGACCUUAGUGGGCGAGUUCUUUAACAUCCACAAGCAAGUCUUUUACUUCUUUGAACCGUUGUGGUCUAUCCAGAAACGCUACCUCAGCGGCGAACCGGUAUUUUUCUUUGACAAGGAUGAGAGAGCUCCUAAUACUAAUGGCUUCUUUGGUGAAGAUUCAAUGAGCGUGGACAUAAUCGGUACUUCUCUCAACUGCAGCUUUCUUAGCAUCGACCCUCGAACGUUGACACAGUGGACAUUGUACAGAAGCCUGGCUCCCGGAUCUUACUUAAGGUGCAAAGAGAAAUCUCCUGGAGUGUUCGGGAUUCUUCGCUGUCUGCCUAUUUUGAGGCGGACAUGCAUGGCAGCGCGAGUGACCGUCGUGAAGACGAUUCGCUUCAGUCUGAAACAGGCAGAAAAACUCAUGAAAGUAGAUCCCAGGGUAAAGGUCAUUCACCUCCUGCGUGACCCGCGGGCGACCUUUAGCUCACAAGCGGAGAUGGGGGAGUUUCCGUUGAAAGAUGUUGGCAACUUCUCGAAGCAAUUUUGCCAGCGCAUCCUGCAGGAUCUUGAGGACGCGCAGCGCAUGAAGGGAAUGCAUCCAGGACGGUUUCUGACGGUGAGGUACGAAGAUGUGGCCUGGGAACCCGUCACCUCGGCCACCAGACUCCUGGCCUUCGCGGGCCUUCACCUGGAUGAAGAGCUGCGGCAAACGGUGUGGAACAUGACGUCAGCAGGACUCAAGGACGACUGUUGCUACUGCACCACUCGCAACAACUCGCGCGCCACUGCUGCCGCCUGGCGGCUAAAACGUGACUUUGACUUCUUCUCGAAGGUGGACGCCAGCUGUGUGGGGAUCUACAAACUCUUGGGCUAUCUCCCCUUGGCGACAGAAGCCCACCUGAGGAACCUGAGCGUUCCUUUUUACCUGGACAGUGAGCAGGUGCGCGGCUUGUGGUAGUCGACAGGUGUUAAUGGGCUGCAUUGAUAAAACAAAGAUAGGUUUUUGUUACGGGUAAUAUCUGGAUAUCUUGGGCAAGCAUCUUGCUUCCGAAGAAACAUGUCCAGACCUAGUUGAUGCUGCUUUGUUCAAGGACCCCUUUGUGGUGGCAAAGAUGCUCAGGUGUAAAUUACUAUAAAGUAACAUCACCGGGGUCUGGACAACGCUUCGUAAUAAGAAAAAGAAACUCUUGCCUUUGAUUUUCACAGUUACGCAUGCUUCAAACUUACUUACCUAUAGAGUAGAUAGACAUGUUAUCAGCCAGUAUUGUUAAAGGGCUCCUGUGAUAAUAGACAGUCAUCUUUGUCAAGAGAAGAAACUGAUGAACGUGCCCAUGAAGCUGGUAAUCACAGCUUUAUCGUUACAUUUUGAUAUUUUUAAACAUGUGAUAUUUCUAGAAAAACGUCUACGAUUGAUCACAAAUGCAGGUGUGUAUGCGUAUGAGGAAGAGAUAGAGAGAAACUGAAACCGAAAGUGCUAAGUACCUUAAAGGGAGAUGACUGCUGACAAAAAAAAAAAAAAACGCCAGGGGUUAUCUUAUACCAUAUCACGGUUUUUCCCCUUGACACCCUUCAGUGUACUGUGAGGAUCUGGAGAGAAGGCGAUUGAUGAGCAUAUGAAAGUUAACAUGAGUAUACAUGAGUGUUUAAAGUUUAGAAACAAAUAUUACCCGGUGAACAAGAAGACCAUGAUGCUUUAUAUCUCUGAUUCUUGAGCUGACAGUGGAAUGUUUGUAUCAUGAUAUUGAAGAUUCAUACCUAAUAAGUUUAUUUAAUUUUUAAUUUUAUUUAAUUUAUCUAUGUCUAUGAAUACUUACAAAUGUGAUGAAACAUCUAGUUACGAAGAAAAUAUCUAAUCUAGUUGUAAGGUGAUAGUUACCAUCUUUGUGACUAUAUGAGCAUUUUAAUGACAGAUGAAAAUAUAAUAAAAAAAUAUUCCAUUUUACCUGGACAGUGGGCAGGUGCGUGGCUUGUGGUAGCGCUGCACCUGGUUGUAGAUAUCAAGCAUGGAUACGUCGUUGCUAAGGGAAAUAUCGGGAAAUCAAAGGCAAGCAUCUUGUUUCCCUAGUAACGUAGUAAAGUGUCCAGACCCAGCUGCUGCUUCUUUGUUUUGGGGGCUGCAGUUAGAGUAAAUUACUAAAAAGUAUUAUAUGGUCACUUAGGAAUAUUUAAAAUGAUUCAGUAUCUAGAAAUGGAAACUAGGCAAUAUAUUCACAAACGAAUGCCUCAGAAACGCCCUAUAUUCACAGAUGCACACAGAUAUUCCUCACAUACACACGAGUAAUUGAGAAUAUAGAAUUACUCAUAAUGUGUUUUAUUUUACAAUACAUUUUAUAACACAUUUUAUUUAUCGAUGUCGUUUGUUAGUGUUCAAAUGAGAAUGUUGGAGGUAAAGGCUACA